AAGAGCUAGAGAAGUAGAAAUCCCCUCCUCCAUAUGAGAAGCGGUUCGGAGGAAAUGAACACGGUGAAGAUGGCCAUGGAGAGCAAAGAGUGGUUCAUAUCAGCCUACGCACCAGAAGGAAUCCCGACUUCCGAUCACCUGAAGUUGCGGGCCGCGAAGAUCCCGGUCGCCGCCGGCUCGAUCGCCGACCGCCACGUCGCCCUCGAAAUGCUCUUCGUCUCCAUUGAUCCCUUCUUGCGCUCCCGGAUGACCGGCCGGGAAGACGGCCUGUACUCCCCUCAGUUCGAUCUCAACCAGGUGGUGACAGCUUUCGGGAUCGGAAGGGUGGUGGCGUCGACGGACGAUAAGUAUGGCAAGGGAGAGAUCGUGACCGGGCCGUUUUUACCCGUGGCAGAGUACUGCGUGGUGCCAUCGGACUUCAUUAUCAGGAAGAUCGAGCCUACCGGAGACAUCGAGUUGCCGGAUUAUCUCAGCUGCUUAGGGGUGCCCGGAUUCGCGGCUUGGCUGGGGAUAGAGGUGCUGGGAGAGCCGAAGGCAGGGACGAACGUGUUCAUCUCCGCCGCAGCAGGCGGCGUGGGGAUGUACGCGGGGCAGUUGGCCAAGCUCAGAGGGUGUAGAGUCGUGGGGAGCACCGGAUCUGAUGAAAAGGUAAUCCUGGUGAAGGAGGAAUUCGGUUACGAUGAAGCAUUCAACUACAAGAAAGAAACUGAUCUUGACGCUGCAUUAAGGAAAUACUUCCCCGGUGGCAUAGACAUGUACCUCGACAAUGUCGGUGGUAAGAUGCUCGAGGCCGUGUUGAACCAUGUCAAUCGAGGCGCUCGGAUCUCGCUCUGCGGAAUGAUUUCCGAGUACAACAAGGUGUGGACGGAGAGGGAAGGGGUCAGGAAUCUGCUGAACAUGGUUGGGAAGGAGGUGAGGAUGGAAGGGUUCAUGGUGGGCUCGCCAUCGCACCUGGUGAGGUUCGGGGACUUCGCUCAGCAGAUGGAGGGUCACCUGAGACAAGGCAAGAUCAGGUCCAAGCACAAGAUCUACCAUGGCGUCGAGAGCUUCUUGGAGAGCUUGCAGUCGGUUUUCUCGAGCUCUAACAUGGGGAAGGUCAUCAUUCAAGUCAAACCUCUGUGAUAGAAUGUCACAAGAUUGAACCUGAUGACCUUCGAGAGUUUCUGAUGUAUUCGAUCGAGAUCGACUCGUCUGAUUCGUAUUUUCGCUGUAUUUGGACCGAACCUCUUGAUAUAAAGUAUGCAAGUUUAUCUUGAGA